GGGAGCGUGUGGUCGGUCUCGGUCGUGAGCCGCCACCAUGCGAGUUGAAAAGUGUUACUUCUGCUCCGCGCCCAUUUACCCGGGACACGGGAUGAUGUUCGUGAGGAACGACUGUAAGGCUUUUAGAUUCUGCAGGUCAAAAUGCCAUAAGAAUUUCAAGAAGAAGCGCAACCCUAGAAAGCUCAGGUGGACCAAAGCGUUCAGAAAGUCAGCUGGUAAAGAGUUGACUGUGGAUAAUUCAUUUGAAUUUGAAAAAAGAAGAAAUGAACCUGUCAAAUAUCAGAGACAAUUGUGGAGCAAGACAGUUGAGGCUAUGAAGAGAGUGGAAGAAAUCAAGCAAAAGAGGCAGGCUCGGUUUAUCAUGAACAGACUUAAAAAAGGCAAAGAGUUGCAAAAAGCACAGGAUAUCAAAGAAGUCAAACAGAACAUUCAUCUUAUUCGGGCUCCUCAUGCUGGAAAGGCAAAACAGAUGGAAGACAAAAUGGUUCAGAAAUUACAAGAGGAUGUGGACAUGGAAGAGUCUGCCUAGGCAUGUGCAUCACCAUCUGUUUGUCAUCUUUGCUGUCAUACCAUCAUCAUCUUGUGUGCUGUGGAAACAAUCUUUUGUUUGCAAUUUGGACUGUAACUUUUUCACCGAUUGUCAGCAGCAUUGUUCAGAGGAACAGAGUGAACACACAAACAGCCAAAUAAUUGUGUGUACCCGCUGGCUGAUCAAUAAAAACUUUUGUUUACGGAAGUUGUUCUACCAGUGGUCUUGAUAAGUGCUCUGAUUGUGGAUAGCACAGUUUGUUAAAUGUGUUUAAUUUUUCUAAACAGGUAAAUUAGAUUUGAUAUACAGUAUUUGAUACAUUGGUGCAGGGUUUGUUUCUGGAAGAAAAGAUUUUAUUGUCUGUAUUGAUAUAAAUUAUUGUGAUAAUGGUAUUGGUGCAGAGUACUGUUGCCUACUGAUGUCCCUAUAGGAAAUGAAUGUGCUCCAUGCUUCUGAUGAAAGGAUUAGCUUGGCUACAUUUGGCAAAAACGGGAGAUUGAACUACUGGAAAUCGUUUUGGAUUUCCUACUUUAAUCUCUUAUAAAUAAGCCCCAACACAUGUAUAUUCAAGUUGUCCUGUAGCCUCUGAUAUCUUGGCUGCCCAAAAGGCAUCCAAGCUUUAAGCAGCAUGUUUUUAAGUAGCCCAAAAACUACAUUAUAGUAGAAGAAAAAUUAAAAUCUCUGUGAAGCAA